GGAAGGCGUGUCAGUGGGCAUGCUUAUAUUAGCGAGUCGCGCUGCAUUGCGCCUCUGCGCCCCACUGCUCCACUACUCCGCAAACAUGUCUCAGCUGUGUGCCCGGCAGGACGCGUUCACCAAGCCCAAGGUCGAGCUCCAUGUUCACCUUGACGGAGCUAUCCGGGUGGAAACAAUUCUCGAUGUUGCCAGGAGACGCGGCAUCGCUCUGCCGGUCAACACGGUGGAGGAGCUGAGGCAGAUUAUUAUUGUCCAAAAGCCGGCCACUCUUACAGAGUUCCUGGGGAAGUUUGCGGAGUACAUGCACAUUGUUGCUGGAGACCGAGAUGCCAUAACGAGGAUAGCAUAUGAGUUUGUGGAGGAUAAAGCAAAAGAAGGAGUGAUUUACGUGGAGGUCAGAUACAGCCCGCACUUGCUAGCCAAUACUAAGGUGGAGCCCAUCCCAUGGAACCAGGAAGAGGGCAACGUGAGCCCAGAUGAGGUGGUACGACUUGUCAACAAGGGCCUCAGCGAGGGGGAGAGGGCCUUCAAUGUCAAAGCCAGGUCCAUUCUAUGCUGCAUGCGCCACAUGCCAAGCUGGUCCGCAGAUGUUGUGGAGCUGUGUAAGAAGUUUCGCAACGAAGGAGUGGUAGCCAUCGACUUGGCGGGUGAUGAGUCACUCAACUGUGAGGCCUAUCCAGGACACCGCAAAGCCUAUGAGGAAGCGUUGCGUUGUGGGAUCCACAGAACAGUCCAUGCAGGAGAGGUGGGACCGCCCUCUGUGGUGAAGGAGGCUGUAGAGGUGCUGAAGGCUGAACGAGUAGGACACGGUUACAGGACCCUGGAGGACACAGCGCUUUACAAACAACUAUUGGCUCAAAACAUGCACUUUGAGGUGUGCCCCAUCUCUAGCAAGCUAACAGGUGCCUGCAACCCAGACUUCACCAAGCACCCUGUCAUCACUUUCAGAAAGGACAAAGCCAACUACUCCCUAAACACUGACGACCCGUUGAUCUUCAACUCUACCCUGAACCUUGACUACAGUACCGCUCAGGAGUAUAUGGGCUUCACCCAGGAGGAAUUUAAAAGACUGAACAUUUGUUCAGCGGAGUCUUGCUUCUUACCUGAAGUGGAAAAGAAGGAGCUACUGGUCAAACUGUACCAGGCCUAUGGUAUGAUACAGAGCACUGCCUUUUGAACCCUGACGCGAUGCUGCUCUGUAACCUUUACCUCCACAGCCGACGCAAAAUAAUGUCUUGAUCCUCUCCUGCCUGCUUCUGGACACUAUAUGAAAUAUGUUUUUCAUAUCACUGCAAUCACCUAAUGUGUUAAUGCUCAUAUACCUCAGUUUAAAGAGCAGCUUUCUGCUGGUGCUGCCGUUUGAAAGGGUGACAAUUUAUAAACAGUGUUAUGCAAUAUUUACAACUAGCAUUCUUUGUGUUUACAUCAGUGGACAUGUCAGGCGUACAGAACGUUGUACAGAAACAAUCUUCCAUUCCAAAAGGUACAAUGUUCUUUUAUUCUAUGGCUAUGGGAAGAUUGUGGUGAAGAGGAAAUGCAAGCUAAAGUAUAUUAAAAAAGGAGACAUCACUGUGAAAAAAGUAGUUAAAAAGAUCCAAUGUCAGACCAACAUGGAUGCAGGAUUUAUCAGGUAAAACAAUUCAAAACCCAAAGUCUUACAUUUGAUUAUUAGGUAGCGUACUACUGUCAUAGAGCCACGCAAACAAUUUAGUUUUUUUCAGAAUCAACUUUCAAUCACUUGUGAUGUAUGUAUUUAUUUAAAAACAUUUGUUCAGUAAUUCCAAGAAUAAAAAGCACUUCCAUUUAUUACUGCCACAUUUAAGACAACACACCUUUGAAUAAAAUAAA